AUAGAUAGAUAGAUAGAUAGAUAGAUAGAUAGAUAGAUAGAUAGAUAGAUAGCCUAAGAACACAAGACUAAAAUGUAUGUAAGUAAUAAAUAUGGGUAAUUAUUCCUCAGUAAUAUAUGUAGGAUUUAUGCAAAGUGGGAAGUAUAAUAAUAUUGAUGGGGGAAAUACAUAUGUAUAGUACAGAACGUUACUAUGAAUUAAAAUGCAUCCGAUAUGUGGAUGACAAUAUGGUGAAGAAGUAGGCGGCUGUUGUCCAUACAAAGCUUUUGGGGGGCACCUUGCUCGUCGCGGGGGCGAGCACCUCAACCACUCGCCGAGUGUGUGUACGUGCGCGGGCAAGAGAACAUGGCGUGCGCGCGCGCGUGAGCGAGCGUGCGCGCGCGCGCGCCCGUCUGCUCUGCUGUUGCUGCCCUUUGAUCCCCCGCAUUAGUGUUAGUUAGGGGGGCUCCGAGGCGCACAGCAGUCAAGACAGCCGAGCGAGCAAAGGCAAAAGCGGCCCAGGCGGCGCCCCCUCCUCCGCGGCCCGGGCUCCCCUAUUUCCCCUCUCUCUAUUUCUCGUCCCCCUCCUCGACCGACGGUCCCACUCUGAACCGAGCGAAGCCAGCCAGGUGCCUGACCGAGCCGAGGAGUAGCGGCUGCUCGCCUGCCUUCCUGCCGUCCGUCCCCUCCGGUCUCCUUCAAAUGGGAGCGAGGCUCUUUUCUUCCGUCUCCCCGGGCCAGGACGAGAAUGUGAUUUAAAAACAAGCGUUUUGGGGGGGAAAAUGCCAAGGAGGAAGCAGGAGCAACCCAAGCGCUUGCCUUCACAUGUGGACAGCAAUGACGAAGGAGGGCCUGACGGCGGCGCUGCGGAGGAGGAAGGCUGGUUCGGAAAUGCGUCCGACACGCGCUCCGAGUCUUCGUCCUACGGCGACACCCAGGACGAACUCUUCCUGCCGAGGGGCUCGUCACCGGAUGCCAACCACGAGAGCCCCACAGGCUGCCCCACGCCCGUCCACCGCGCCUCCUUGGAACUCCUGGGAUUGGGCAGCGGCGCCUUCUCGCCGCAGGACGCCGUCUCGUCGGUGGUGUCAUCGCUGUAUGGUGAGGCGGCAUCCCGCGCCCUCGGAAAGCCCCUCAGCAGCAACCUGCGCCGCCUCUUGGAGGCCGGGUCGCUGAAGCUCGAUGCGGGGGACCUCCUCGGGCGGGCCUCACGGGGAGGCGAGUCCCCGCCGAUAGGCCUUGCGUCGCCCCUGACCCUCUCCCCGUCCUCACACCACGCUCAACAGCUAAGCGCGCUCGCUCGCAAGCUGGCCAACAACAACAGUGGCUCUGCCUCGCCCGCCUCGUUGGCCCCCUCGCUUACCAACGUUAAACAAGAGCCGCCGGACCACUUCAACUCCCACAGCAACGGCGGUGGGUUCGUAUGGGCGGGCGUCGCCGACAAGUGGCCACCCACCGGCCGUUCGACGCCCAGCGGGUCCAGCCUCUCCCCGGACUCGGCCAUCCAGAAGUUAAAAGCGGCGGCCAACGCGGUGCUUCAAGAUAAGAGUGCUGUGUCCGCCGCCGCCGCCACCACCACCUCCACCACCGCUUCGUCUGUUGUGCCGCCCCUCGGAGGGUCCGGCCCCCGAGGCGAUGACGUGGUGCGCUUCGAUGCCUUUAACUCUCCGUUCAGCCCGCAGUCGGCGAGCUCCACUUUGGCCGCACUUUCCAAGAAAGUCAGCGAGCGCAGUCACGGUUCGUCGGCGCCCGGUGCGCCCGCUGACCAGCAGAACUCGGCGACGUCCUUCCUGUCGCUCGUGUCCAUGACCUCAUCGGCCGCCUUGCUCAAAGAGGUGGCGGCCAGGGCGGCGGGGAACCUGCUCAGCGAGAAGAAGGAAGGCUCCCCACUGUCGGGCGGCGGUGGCGUCCUCCAAGAGGAUGUCAAGCCCCUGCUGGACAAGAACCACAAAACCCCCACCCCGUCGACACCCACCCAGGGCCUGGAGCUGUUGUUGCCCUCUACACCCAAAGGAAGAGGAAAACCCAACAGUCAAGCAGGCUCGCCGGAGGACGGUGGUAAACCGUUCCAGUGUCCUGUUUGCGGCCUGGUCAUCAAGCGCAAGAGCUACUGGAAGAGACACAUGGUCAUCCACACAGGCUUGAAAAGCCACCAGUGUCCGUUGUGUCCCUUCCGCUGUGCCCGCAAAGACAAUCUUAAGUCCCACAUGAAGGUACAUCAGCACCAAGACCGGGGUGAGACGUUCCAGUGCGAACUCUGCCCAUUCACAUCCUCCCGUCACUUCAGCCUGAAGCUCCACAUGCGCUGCCAUCAGCACUUUCCCCGCACUGACGUCAAGGUGAAAGAGGAGCUCACCACCGACACGGAGGGCGAGGGCUCCCUGAUGGGCGACGCCGGCGGCACAGCCGACCCGAGGGGGACCCAGGUGUCCCCACCGCACCCGGAGGCCCGGCUGCAGUCGUCCCCGCCAGGCGAGGCAUCCUCCAAUCACGUCCACAUCAAAGAGGAGCCGCUGGAGAGGGACCUUUCUGCGCUGUCCCCCUUUAGCAUCGGCAGGGAGCGACCCAGGAGCAACGCCAACUCCUUGGACCUGCCGGGCGUCGGCACAAGCAUCGGGGUACACUCCAGCCCCAGUUGUCCACCUACGGCCUCACUCUUCAGCCCGGACAUCACGACCAAGACGGCCACUGACCUGCUUAUGAAGCUAUCAGCAGCCAACCAGAGGGAGGCAUUGAAGUCGCCCUUCCACGUGAAGGAAGAACCCAAAACAGAGGAAGCCUUGAGUCCAAGACCGGCCUCCCAGUGUCAAAUCCCACCAAGCUUCCCCGGGACAUUCUGCCAGGACGGGAUAACGGGCUCCGCGGCAGCAGCUUCCGACCGCCCGGGGUCCCUCAAACCCACCCAAGGGAGCCCACCGGCUGCCAACAGCUUACUGAGCCAAGACAUCAACAUGAAAGUGGCCUCAGAGUUGCUGAUCAAGCUUUCAGAGAACAACAAAGACGGCCACUUCCAGAAGGUGAAGGUAAAAGCGGAGCCCAUGGAGGUGGACCCGGCCCCCGCCGAAGUCUCGUCGCCCGUCCCCCCACCUGCUCCGCCUCCCCACCUGCUGGCUUUCGGCACUUUAGGGGCGCGCGAGAAGACAGAGCCGGCCCCGGAGCCUCUUGCGCGCCCCCAAAAGGACCUCUUCUCCCAGGACAUCUCGGUCAAAAUGGCUUCCGAGCUCCUCUUCAAAUUGUCAGAAAAAGUGAGCAAAGCCAACAACCACAAGGACGGUAACAUGGUGGGAAUCAACAGUCCGUUCUUGGACGAGUGCUUUCGACAAUCACCCUUCAACUCGCGCUCCAAAAGCUCCUCCCCGGCAGAGGCCACCUCCUCCACCCGGGCGCCUUUCCACGACUCCGAAAAGGACGACGGCGAACCGGGCAACGGGAUCGCCCGGUGGCGGCUCAAUGAGCAGCUCUUCACGUGUCCCGUCUGCGGCAAAGUGUUUGGCAGGCAACAGACGCUAUCGCGCCACCUGGCCCUACACACAGAGGAGAGGAAGUACAAGUGUCACUUGUGCCCCUACGCCGCCAAGUGCAGGGCCAACCUCAAUCAGCACCUGACCAUCCACUCCGUCAAGCUGGUCAACACGGACGCCGAGCAGAUCGUCAGCGCCGUCGCCGCCGCCCCGGAGGGCGCCGAGCGCAAGAAUUGCGCCUACUACUACAGCUGCCAUGUUUGCGGCUUCCAGACGGAGCUCAACGCCCAGUUCGUGGGCCACAUGUCGCUCCAUGUGGACAGGGAGCAGUGGAUGUUCUCGCUCUGCUGCAGCGUCUGCGACUUUGUGUGCAUGGAGGAGGGCGACAUGAAGAGCCACAUCAGCAGUGGACAUGCAGGCCUGAAUUCGAGGAGUCCCCUGAGCGAGACCAAGAGCACGUCGUCGUCCCUCUCGGCGCUCAGUGACUCGCUCAACAGCUCGGAGGGCGGCGACCUCACGCACGGCGGCGGCGAAGAGCUCAAGAGUCUGCUGGCCCCGCCCUCCUCGGCCGGCAGCCAAUCCAGCGCCGGGAGCCACUCGGGCUCGGGCACGGAGGACAAAUCCGAUAAAGGCUUCGAGUGCGUGUUCUGCACGUUUGUGUGCAAGACGCGCAGCAUGUACGAGCGCCACCUGCAGAUCCACCUCAUCGCGCGGAUGUUCGAAUGCGACGUGUGCCACAAGUUCCUGAAGACGCCCGAGCAGCUGCUGGAGCACAAGAAGUGUCACAGCGUCCCCGCCGGAGGACUCAAGUGCCCCUUCUGCAUCUACUCCAGCAGUCGUCCGGUGGCCAUGGAGUGCCACCUGAAGACGCACCUCCAGACGGAGCACCGCUGCCGCAUCUGCCGGGGACUGUGGCCCGACCGCCCCUCCCUGGAGGCCCACGCGCGCGCCCACCGCCUGGGCAACCACUACCGCUGCGAGCGCUGCGGCUACUUGUCCAAGACGGCCAACAAGCUCAUCGAGCAUGUGCGCGUGCACACAGGCGAGCGGCCGUUCCACUGCGACCGCUGCCCGUACCGCUGCAAGCGCAAGGACAACCUCAACCUGCACAAGAGGCUCAAGCACGCACCGCCCGCCCCCCGGGCAGAGGCGGCGGAGGAGGGAGGUGGCGGGCCCGGCCGGGAGACGCCAGGCGGACUCGCUGCGUCCCGGGCGCUGCGCUCUGUCGCCUUGACCCGCACCCUGGGUGGCGGCACUCGCCUGGCGCGCCCCCACAGCCGGCCCCCGUUGGGCGGCGACGACGACGACAUGGACCCUUACGGGGACUGCGAGCGGGUGCACCUGAUCCCCCUCACCACCCUGUUCACCCACAGUUUCACAUUCCACCCGCCACCCCGCCUCCCUGCCGCCACCCACUCCGCCGCCCCCUCUCCUGCCACCCACAAACACUCCUUCCUGGCCUAUCUGGGACUCACGGAGAGGGCUGAGACUGUUUGACUUGUUUUGUUUUGAUUCAAUCAGACCACCACAAACAUUUCUAAGAGCUGUACAUGCUAACAGAAAAAACAUUUAUAUCCAAAAGCUGCUUCUUUUUUUUUUUCCUCCUCUAAGUUGAUUGAAUUUUACGACGGCUACGUUGGAUGAGCGCUUAGCUCCAGGAAGCUAAAAGUUUGCUAGCUCGUUUUAAAGCUGCAUCAAGAUAGCAUGCCUCUUUCUGUGUUUCAAGCUAGCAUAGGAAGCUAAUGUUGAGUUUUGGGUUGGGUUUUUGGGGCGUUGCGGCACAGAUGGAACCAAUGAAACGGACAAAGGCUCGUUUCCAAAGCAGACGCCUCAAACCACGCACUUAUUUAUCAAUCUUGUACAUAGUUUUGUAGCCCUUGCCCAUCUUUUAUAAUUUUUUGUCAUUUUCUUUUGUAUGAUGGUCAAACCAUGUUUUGCUUAGCUGCUGCCUGACGUCACCUCCUUUUUCCCCCUGCUAAGCUAUGAGAAUCAAACCUAAAAAUUUGACAUCCCGAUUCAAGAUAAUUUUUGCACUCACCCGAUCCCCAACGACAAAAUUCUAUGUACCGUGCUAACGGGUUAGCGGAGGCGGCCGGCUGGAGUUUGCUUGGUCGCCGCAGAGUCGAUUCAAAUGGUGCUUUUUGAAGCUUUUUGUAAUUUUUCUGUAUAAAAAAGAAGCUAAAUAACUACAAAAAACUGUUCCAAAAUGACUUGAAUGAAUGUAUUUUUGUUGAUGUUUUAAAAAAAAAAAGUGUGAACAGGGACAUUGUGUGUGCUGGUAAAAUGACUGAAAAUUGCCUUUUUUUUUUAAACUUUUUGUGAUUUCUUUUCCAUUUUGUUUCUUUGUACUGAGCCUUUGUCAUGCAAUAUAAUUUUGCUAAUAUCCAUCGCUCAUCCCUUAUCUUCCAGCAGACACACAAAUGACGGGGUGUGCAUUUGAUGAAAAUUUCUGUUGAUUUUUUUAUUUAUUUUUUUUUUAGGUCCUCUCUUUACAACUGAGUUGUGAUGUAACCCGAAUUUGUUCACGAAUGAUCACUAUGCUAUGCUAAAGCAGUUGUAAAUUCAAAACAAAACCCCACUUGUAGGCUAUAAAUGGGAAAGAAAAACAAUCAAAUGAAAAACAGUAACCAUGGUGCUCGUUGAUCCUGAGCCUUCUGUGAGAGGCAAGACGUGUUCUUACGCCACCGCUCAAAUUAACUACAUGACAUUUGUAACCUUGAAAUUUCAUGUCGGUGGCGUUGUAAACCAAGGACCCCACUGCUCUUACCUAGUUUUCAUACUGCCAAGUAAUUUUGAGAUUUAUGUAGAGGAGACCAAGUAUAGAGCCUUGUGGAACGCCACCAGUAUCGAUCGAGAGGUGGUCCUUGGUGCACAACGCAGUUCCGUUUCUACGACAGUGACAAAACCCAAAUUUGUCAGUAAAUAAGUAAAUAUCACUAAUGGAUAUCAGAACAUUUGUAAACCCAACACCUCUGUAAUCGACUAUCAUACCUAUCCCUAAUAGUAGCAAGUUUCACUCCAUCCCUGAAAACAUCAACUCAGCACUUACUUUUGUGAACACGUCUAAGGCAAAAGCACUUAACAAGCUUCAAACGCACUGGCUAGGAAAACAACUCAAACAUGACACCAUUAGGCUCCGCCCAUGCAGACCCGA